GCCAUCGGCCAUCACACAGAGAAAGAUGGAGGAGCUGAAGUCCAAGCUGGAGGCUGCAGACACCAGAGCAGCGGAAGCAGAGCGGGCUGUAACGCUUGCAGAAGGUCACGCUGGGGAAAAAGACAAAGCACUCAUUGAGGCCUCAAACCGAUUGAGGCAGUACGAGUCUGGUAUUUACGGACUGGAAGCAGCCAUUGUAGAGAUCAAAGAGUGCAAAAAUCAAAUUAGAGUGAGAGAUCUUGAGGCAGAGGCCAUGACCAAAGAGAUCAACCAGCUUGAGAUGAGAAUCAAUGACCUCAUGGACGAAAACGAGGAUUUCCGAGAAAAACUGGGUCUGGAGCCAAAACAGGAAGUAGAUCUGACUGUGUUCAGGCGAGCCAAAGAUCUAAGGCAGCGACAGUACAAAGCAGAAAAUCAAGUCCUCACCAAAGAGAUCGAACGGCUGGAAGAAGAAAGACUUGAGCUGAAGAAAGAAAUACGGCGCAUUGUGAAGGAAAGAGGUGAUGCAGAAAUCGUGGAAUUUUUGUAGCAACAUCAUUAUCCAUCAAUC